AUGCCCGCGAAGCACCCCGGUGUGCGCGGCGCGAGUCGCAAGGAUGCCGAACACUCGAGGCGGGCGUUCGCGCGCUCCGGGGCACGAGACUGCCGCGUCUAUCGCGCACAGGGAGGCUUGGUUUCUGUUCAGCGACCGCGGACGACCCACGAGAACGCUCACGCCAGGGAGCGCGCGUCGCCAGCGCGGCCACUGCGCGCGGCGUUCCACUCCGCUGGCCGCCUGGACAUGGGGGCGUUCGACGACGCCGCCCCAGCGCGCCGCAUGGACCAGCGCGCGACGGACGGCGCCUCGAGGGUCGCAGAGACCGUCGCGGGCCCCGCCAAGCGCGUCCUGGGCGAGGUGUCGGUGUCUGCGCCGAUCGACGUGGUCUGGGCGGUCCUCACCGACUACGAGCGCCUCCCGGAGGUCGUCCCGAACCUCGCGGAGUGCCGCAGGGUGCGCGGCCUGCCCAGCCCAGGCCCGGGCAUGAGGCGGCUGCUCCUGCGGCAGGUCGGCAGCAGCGUGUCGCCGUUCUGGCGGCUCGAGGCCGGCGCUACGCUCGAGCUCCUCGAGCAGCGCACCAAGAACGGCGGCCGGCGGAUUGACUUCAAGAUGGUGGACGGAGACUUCCGGCGAUUCGAAGGGAGCUGGGUGCUGGAGACCGACCCCACCGCGGCCCCGGGGCUGUCCACGCGGCUGCGGUACCAGGCGGUCGUCGAGCCGCUCCUCACGCUCCCGUCGCAGCUCGUGCAGCGCGUCGUCGCCGCGGGGCUGCCGGCGAACCUCGUUGCCGUCGCGCGGCACGCCGAGGGCAUCGCGGAGCAGAACGCGUCGGUGCCGGGCCCCGCGGGCGCGGCGAUGCGGGACGAGGAGGCGCUGAUCAAGGGCGAGCGGCCGCGCGGCGCGCGGCGGCUCGCGCAGGCGUCCCCGCGGCCGUGGGAGUCGGAGGGGGGCCCGCUGCAGCGCAGGCGGGCGCCGGCGGGGCGCGUCGGGCUCAACGUGGACGAGGCCGGCGGCGCGGGCAGCCGGCAGGUGUUUGCGCCGAGCUUCUACCUCGGCACGUCCUCCGUCGAGAUCCCGAGCAUGCCGCCGGCGCCGGACAGCGUCGACGCCGCGCCGUCGUCGGCGUCGGCCGACGAGGACCUCUCCGACGCGGACGCGGACGCGUGGGGGUUCGCGGACUCCGUGCCGUCAGUCUCCGGCCUCGCGGACGCGUCCGCGACGGUGCCGGGCGGCCGCGAGCUCGGCAGGCGCGACCUGGAGGGCGCGGAGGUGCACAUGCGCCGCCUGGACGACGACAGCAACAUCUGCGUGCGGCUCGUCGCGGCGGUGCCCGUGCGCGCCGACCCGAACCGCCUCUGGGCCACGCUCACCGACUACGACGCGCUGCCGGGGGUCCUGCCGAACCUGGUGUCGUCGCAGGCGCUGGCGGCGCAGAGCGGCCGGGCGCCGUCGGGCGGGCACGUGCGGCUGCGACAGGUGGUCCGGAAGGCCAUGUCGUACGUGCAGCUGCACGGGGAGGCCAUCAUGGACGUCGUCGAGGUGGCGCCGGGCGAGGAGGUUCGAUUUCGAUCAGUCAAGGGAUCCCCGUACGUGGUGCAAGGGAAGUUCGUGAUUCGCGAGGGCAACAAGAUCGGGCGCUUCCUGGGGCUCGCGGGCGGGCCCGUGUCCGUCCUGCGCUGCGCCGUGGAGAUCCGCAUCCCCCGUUCCAUCCGCUCGAUGAUCCUGGAACCCUUUCUCGAGCAGACUGUGUUCGAAGACAUUCCGGCCAACCUGUGCGCGCUGAAACGCGCCGUCGAGGCCGCCGCGCGCGAGGUCAAGGGCGCGACGGUCGAGGAGGGCGGCGACGCGGCGCCCGACGCCCCGCCUCAGCGCGCGACGCUCGCGGAGAUGCGCGGCUGCCUGCAUGUGCUGGAGCGCGAGCUGCGGCGCGAGUUCGGCGGGGCGGCGGCCGGAGGCGCGCCGCGCAUGCCGACGCGCGCGGAGCUGCGCGCGGCGGGGCGCACGGACAUCGAGCGGGCGCUCGCGGCGCACGGCGGCUCCGACGCGGUGGCGCGGGAGCUCGGAUGGCAGACCAAGGGCCGCCGGCGCAAGCCCCCCGGGUACUGGGACGACCUGGAGAACGUGCGCGCGGAGAUCGAGGGGUUCGUGCGGCUGUACGAGCUCGAGGAGGGCUGCAUGCCGCCCAAGACGGCGUUCCUGAACCACGGGCGAUACGACAUUGCGCGUGCCAUCGAGAAGUGGGGCGGUGUCCAGGAGGUGGCGUCGGCGCUGGGGCUGGGGACGGCGUCGAGCCGGCGGUCGGGGUCGUCGAGCGCGUGGAACAAGCACGUGCGCAGCGUGGCCGCGGAGACCGGGCUGUCGGGCCAGAACGGGCUGUUCCAGGUGGCGGCGGCCAGCUACGACUCCCUGAGCAGCCUCGACCUGGACGACGAGGUGGAGCGGAGCUUCGCGGCGCAGGAGGUCAUCGGGGAGGCUGUAGAGGAGGACGAGGAGGAGGAGUGCGACAGGGAGGUGGCGCGGCGCGUCGCGGCGGCCAAGCUGUCGCAGCAGGCGGUGAACGGCGCGCACCGGAGGGGUGUGCCGCAGCGCCGGGCGCCCUCGGGCGCGCCGCCGGGGCGGAGGUCGGCGUCGAGCAAGCGCAUCGACUGGCGGAAGGACCUGCGCGGCAUCUGA